UGCGCCGUGGGAAGCGAGCGAGGAGUUGAAUGAGUUCCCUCCACAGUUGAAGUGAAGCAGCCGCCGACAGUCAGGACAGCGUCAGUGCCGAGGGACAGACAGCGGGCAGGGAGACACUGGCAGGGCCCCGUCCUACCACACUACAUGGACACACACAGCCAGGUGUGUCUGCUAGCCUCGCAGCUAGCCGUGUCAUGACGUUUGGAGACAUUUCUCACACAUCUGUACGACGUUGCAGCGAGACGAGCACCAACACCCUCUUUGCCCUCCGUAGCCGAAAACAAGUGAGGAGGGGUUGUUGUUUUUAAUUCUUUAUAACAUUUCUGGUCGCAGUCCUCCUCUCCGGCGACUCAGUGGACCUAUUUGUGCUUCUUACCAUGGCUGAAAGAACCUCCACCGGGUUGCUAACGAUGAUGUUGGAGCCCACGCCGGCUGUCGCUAUGACCCUGCCGGCGGAGGUCCGGGAGAAGCUGGCGGAGCUGGAGCUGGAGCUCUCUGAGGGGGACAUCACUCAGAAGGGCUAUGAGAAGAAAAGAGGCAAGCUGUUGGCACCGUACAUCCCGCAGAUACAAGGUGUAGAUCCCUCUCUGCAAAUUGACAACAGGAUCCAGGCCUCCUCCCAAGCUGUUCUACCAGGUUCCAAACACAACAAAUCCCGGGCGGCCAACACCCGGGAUGAACGCUUCAGAUCUGAUUUGCACACAGAAGCCGUCCAAGCAGCUUUGGCAAAGUACAAGGAGAGGAAGAUGCCAAUGCCCUCCAAGAGACGAUCGGUGUUAGUUCAGUCUUCUGUUGAGGCAUGCACCCCGCCAGACACCUCCUCAGCGUCAGAAGACGAGGGCUCGCUGCGCCGGCAGGGACGUCUGGCCACCUCCACGCCCUACCAGGGCCACGGCCACCCAGCCGUUGAGCACUGGUUUAACCGUGUCAUCCAGGGUUCGUCCACCUCAUCCUCCGCGUCAUCCACUUCAUCCCACCCGGGAGGGAGAUCCGUCACCACCACCAACACCACUGCCCACGCAGCCCUCAACGCCAACGCUGCAGCUACCGCUCUGGCCGACCUUAUGGCACACACCCAGCUAGAUAACCACUCAGCGCCCCCCGAUGUGACGGGGCUGUCGGAGCGCUCCUCGCAUCAUGCGGAGCGGCCCCAGGUGGCCUCGGUGCGAGGCGUUUCCCGGGGCUACAACCACCACACCAGCGUCAUGGAGACUGCAGAUGGCUGUGAGUGGAGAAGUGAAGGAUCCCUCAGUUUAAUGGAUGGUGUUCCAGUCAACAGUCGCGUCUCCUCUAAAAUCCAGCAGCUGCUCAACACUCUGAAGAGACCAAAGCGACCGCCGUUGCGAGAGUUCUUUGUCGACGACUUUGAGGAGCUUUUGGAUGUUCAGCAGCCGGAUCCCAACCAGCCAAAGCCAGAAGGCCAGCACAUGAGUCCCUUGGAAGGAGAGCCUCUCGGGGUGGUCAACAACUGGCCUCCAUCUUUGCCAGCAGCCUUACAGCGGUGGGGCACCACUCAGCCCAAGAGCCCCUGUCUGACGGCACUCGACAAUGCUGGCAAGCCUGUCUACACACUCACCUAUGGUAAACUAUGGACCCGCAGCCAGAAACUGGCCUAUACUCUUCUUAACAAGCUGAGCACCAGGAAUGAGCCUUUGCUGAUGCCUGGCGACAGAGUUGCACUUGUUUUCCCCAACAACGACCCAGUGAUGUUCAUGGUGGCCUUCUACGGCUGCCUCCUGGCAGAGCUGGUACCUGUGCCUAUUGAAGUGCCGCUAACCAGAAAGGAUGCAGGAAGUCAACAGAUUGGUUUUCUGUUGGGCAGCUGUGGCGUCACGUUGGCACUGACCACUGACGCUUGUCAGAAAGGCUUGCCCAAAGCACAAACCGGGGAGGUAGCCACUUUCAAAGGUUGGCCGCGGUUGCUGUGGUUUGUGACAGAUGGAAAACAUGUCGUAAAGCCUCCGAAAGACUGGCAUCCUCCGAUACGGGAAGCAAGUAAUGACAUAGCCUACAUAGAGUACAAAACCAGCAAGGAGGGAAGCACCAUGGGGAUCACAGUGUCCCAUUCAGCCAUGCUGGCUCACUGUCACGCCCUCACACAGGCCUGCGGCUACACUGAAGCUGAGACCAUAACCAACGUCCUGGACUUCAAGAGAGAAGCAGGAUUAUGGCAUGGUGUCCUUACUAGUGUCAUGAAUAGGAUGCACGUGAUCAGCAUUCCUUACUCCCUGAUGAAAGUCAACCCCCUCUCUUGGAUACAGAAGGUGCACACGUACAAAGCUCGGGUGGCGGUGGUGAAGUCGAGGGACAUGCACUGGUCUCUGCUGGCCCAGAGAGACCAGAGAGACAUCAGCCUCAGCUCGCUGCGCAUGCUCAUCGUAGCUGACGGAGCCAACCCAUGGUCGAUAUCCUCCUGCGACGCCUUCCUGAACGUGUUUCAGGCACGUGGGCUGCGACCUGAGGUGAUCUGUCCAUGUGCCAGCUCUUCAGAAGCCAUGACUGUCGCCAUCCGCAGACCUCCAGAGAUGGGUGUUCCUCCUCCAGGGAAGGCGGUGCUGUCUAUGGGAGGGCUGAGCCACAGUGUGAUCCGUGUGGACACAGAGGAGAAACUCUCUGUCCUCACAGUGCAGGAUGUGGGACAGGUCAUGCCUGGAGCUCUGGUUUGUGUGGUGCGGGUGGAGGGGACACCCUAUCUCUGUCAGACAGAUGAGGUUGGAGAGAUCUGCGUGAGCUCAGGUAGCACGGGUGUAGCUUACUACGGGCUCCCAGGCAUGACCAAGAACAUCUUUGAGACCAUCCCUGUAACAUCAUCUGGGAUUCCCAUCAGCGACAGACCAUUCACCAGAACCUCACUGCUGGGCUUUGUGGGACCGGACAGCCUUGUGUUUGUUGUGGGGAAGAUGGAUGGCCUCAUGGUGGUCAGUGGACGGAGACACAAUGCCGAUGACGUGGUUGCCACAGCACUGGCAGUGGAGCCCAUGAAGUUUGUGUACAGGGGGAGGAUAGCAGUGUUUUCUGUGUCCGUGUUGCGUGACGAGAGGAUCGUUGUUGUAGCAGAGCAGAGGCCAGACGCCUCUGAGGAGGACAGCUUCCAGUGGAUGAGUCGCGUCCUUCAGGCCAUAGACAGCAUCCACCAGGUCGGGGUGUACUGCCUGGCUCUGGUGCCUGCCAACACGCUUCCUAAGGCGCCCCUGGGCGGCAUCCAUAUAUCUGAGACCAAACAGCGCUUCCUGGAGGGCGCAUUGCACCCCUGCAAUGUCCUCAUGUGCCCUCACACAUGUGUCACCAACCUGCCCAAGCCAAGACAAAAACAGCCAGAGGUUGGUCCUGCUUCCAUGAUAGUGGGCAACCUGGUGGCAGGAAAGAGGAUAGCACAGGCCUGUGGGAGAGACGUGGCCCAGCUUGAGGACAAUGACCAGGCACGUAAGUUCCUGUACAUACAAGAUGUGCUGCAAUGGAGAGCUCAGGCCACUCCGGACCAUCCUCUGUUCCUUGUACUCAAUGCCAAGGGCACAGUGGCGAGUACAGCCUCCUGUCUGCAGCUGCACAAGCGAGCAGAGCGGGUGGCUGCAGCACUGAUGGGACGCCUCAACACUGGAGAUCAUGUAGCACUCGUCUACCCACCAGGAAUCGACCUGAUUGCCACCUUCUACGGCUGCCUGUACGCUGGCUGUGUGCCAGUUACUGUCAGACCCCCGCACCCUCAGAACCUGGCGACCACCCUGCCCACCGUCAAGAUGAUUGUUGAGGUCAGUAAGUCGGUGUGUAUCCUGACCACUCAAGCAAUAAUGAAGCUGCUGAAAUCCAAAGAGGCUGCUGCUGCUGUGGACAUCAAGAGCUGGCCCAUGGUGCUGGACACAGAUGAUCUCCCCAGGAAGAAGAGUCCACAGAUGUACAAGCCUCCGACCCCAGAGAUGUUAGCUUACUUGGACUUCAGCGUGUCCACAACAGGAAUCUUAGCAGGGGUCAAAAUGUCUCACGCUGCCACCAGUGCCUUGUGUCGCUCCAUCAAAUUGCAGUGUGAGCUCUACCCUUCGCGGCAGAUCGCCAUCUGUCUGGACCCCUACUGCGGCCUGGGCUUCGCCCUCUGGUGCCUGUGCAGUGUGUACUCGGGCCACCAGUCGAUCCUGGUCCCCCCCCUGGAGCUGGAGAGCAACGCGUCUCUGUGGCUUGCUGCAGUCAGCCAGUACAAAGUGCGAGUCACCUUCUGCUCGUAUUCAGUCAUGGAGAUGUGCACCAAGGGCCUGGGUUCGCAGACAGAAGCACUGCGGCUGCGAAAUGUGAACCUGUCUUGUGUGCGUACGUGCAUGGUGGUAGCAGAGGAGAGGCCCCGCAUUGCACUCACUCAGUCCUUCUCUAAGAUCUUCAAGGACUUGGGGCUUUCACCACGUGCAGUCAGCACUACCUUCGGCUGCAGGGUGAAUGUCGCGAUUUGUUUGCAGGGCACAGCCGGUCCAGACCCUACUACUGUUUAUGUGGACAUGAGAGCUCUACGACAUGAUAGGGUACGCCUGGUGGAGAGAGGGUCGCCCCACAGUUUGCCACUGAUGGAGUCUGGGAAGAUCCUUCCAGGAGUGAAGGUGAUCAUUGCCAACACGGAGACUAAAGGACCCCUGGGAGACUCCCAUCUAGGAGAGGUGUGGGUGAGCAGUCCUCACAACGCCACAGGCUACUACACAGUUUAUGGCGAGGAGGCGCUGCAUGCUGACCACUUCAACACCAAGCUCAGCUUUGGCGACACUCAGACGGUCUGGGCGAGGACAGGCUACCUGGGCUUCCUGCGGCGCACCGAGCUGACAGACGCCAGUGGAGAGCGCCAUGACGCCCUCUAUGUGGUGGGCUCUCUUGAUGAGACUCUGGAGCUGAGGGGAAUGAGGUAUCACCCAAUUGACAUCGAAACUUCUGUUAUCCGCUCUCACAAGAGCAUAGCUGAAUGUGCUGUGUUCACUUGGACCAACCUCCUCGUGGUGGUUGUGGAGCUGGAGGGGUCAGAGCAGGAGGCCCUGGACCUGGUGGCCCUGGUCACCAAUGUUGUCCUGGAGGAGCACUACCUCAUCGUAGGAGUGGUGGUGGUGGUCGACCCCGGCGUCAUCCCCAUCAACUCCAGAGGGGAGAAGCAACGCAUGCACCUCAGAGACGGAUUCCUGGCCGACCAGCUGGACCCCAUAUAUGUGGCUUACAACAUGUGAGGGCCCUGCUGCAGGAGGGUUGCCCCUCCACAUGGCUUUUCACACAACAGGAGACAGCAGGACAGUAAACGUGGGGCUGGUAAUUGUAGCAGGCCCGGGGUCAGUGUGGCUUGUGUUGAGAGAGAAAGCAAGCUCUUCUUUCAGCUCACAGAGGGGAAGUGUGAGAGAAACGUGGAUGCAAAACUUCACAGCAAAAUGAAGAGAAAUAAGAGUGACACAAACCUCAUGUCUGUUUCUCCCUGUGAUUUCUUGCCUCAACAAGUAAUGUUUUAAAGAGCAUUUGGUUUUGUUGAAGAGUGUUUUGUAUGUAUGAUGGAGCGUCUGACUCCUUGAACCCAGGGCACCCAAUAGCAGUACAGCAGGUUGUUAAAGGAAGACUGCAGCUCCCAAAGGACCAUUUGUGUAGUGAUUACUCACCCCGUUGUUGUGAAGAAAACUUUGUUUUUCUUGCAUGCCUCCACUAGGUUGGGUCCCAUUCACAUUUCAACCAAUAUCGUUUCCUAACGGUACCUUUUGUGGUACUUAACUCUCACUGUAAUAACAAAAAAAGUAAUUUUCGAACAAACUGCCGUGGCGAUGGUGUAGCCUUAAACACAAUUCUGCUCCUCUGCUCUUUUCUUAUCACACGUAGAGCUAAUCUUCUGUCUGUCUGUCUGUCUGUCUGUCUGCUUGUUUAUGUGUGUGUGUCUGCUCAUCUAGCAGUACUUAAAUAAUAUAGAAAAGAAAAUACACCAGACACUGAAACUAUUGUGGCAGAUCGGCACUGCAGCGAUACUUUUGGCUUGCUGGUAAGCUUCGCAGCACUUCCAUGUCUUUUCUAAACCCAGCGUUCUCAGCCAGAUGUGCUCUCAGGUACCAGCAUUUGACAUCAAUGGAUUUAAUGGGAGUCGGUACUUGAUAGUACCAACAUAAUUUGCCUGGUACCCUAAAAAGUACCAUAACCCUCGCCCCCACGGUGAAAAUAGAAUUCAAAAUAAGAGAAAGGUCUUGAAGAAUUCAAGUCAUAGGGAGCCGCAUUUAACAACAGCAAUACUAUAUUAAAACACUCACAUAACUCGUGCAGUAUAAAUUCAAGUCUCAUUUAUCCAGUCGUAUGCACAGUGCUUCCCAAACACAUGCAUUCUUGCUAAAAAUCUGGCUAUUUAAAACUUUGAUAAAAGUGAAUCUUAUCUACACUCUCGUCAAAGCCAGAGUCCAUUGACAAAAACAGUCAUUUUACCUCACUGAACACAGGAGCUGCUGGUAUACCGCUGCCUCAAUCAGCUAGUUUGUUUGUGUUAUUGUGUGACUUUGGUGUGUUAAAGGGUUAGGUUGGAUUUGCUAAGGUCACACAGUAACACAAACAGACCAACAAUUGAGGCAGAUGUAGAUCAGCAGCUCCUGUGUUCAGCAAGGUAAAAUUACUGUUUUUGUCAAUGGAGUGUGGCUCUGGAGAGAGCACAGAUAAGUUUCACGUUCAGUUCUCUGUCAGAAAGGGCUGUUUGUUUGGGAAGUACAGAGUAAACGACUGGAGAAAUAAGACUUGGAUUAUACUACCCGACUUGUGUGAGAGUUUGUGAACUGAUGUUUUAAUUAAGUUUUGCUGCUUUUGAAAGAAUUUUCUCUGAUUUUGUAUUCUUUGUUCACCAGAGGCAUGCAAGAAAAAGUUUUCUACACAAAUUCAACGUGACUCGGGAUGAGUAAUUGAUAUACAAAUGGUCAUUUUGGGGGUGAAGUAUUCCUUUAAAGGUAUAAUACUACACUGUGCCAUUAACAUAAGUUAAUUUGUCAAUCUCCACUAUUGUGAAUGUUAGUUGUUUUUGCCAUCCACUUGUGCCAUAGAACAGGACUGACGCCAACACCCUUAACCUGGUUCAAACGAGCUCUAACAUGUUUUGUGUUCAUAGAGCCUCCUGUGCCAUUGCAGGUCGUAUGCUUUUCAUAGAAACAGUCUAUCCAAUGUACGUUGUCAUUACAUUUAUGGGGGAGCAGUUCUUCAGAUUACAGCUGCGAUCUGAAGUGAACCCUGAUUUUUGUGUUCCAGCUCAGUUCAGAUCAUGUUAUUGCAUCAACAAAGAAGCACACAGCAGUGGUUAGUGUUAUUUGUUGCUCAUCACGGUAGUCCUUUAGUUUGUGGUGUCAGUAAUGGAGCGCAUAGAAAUAAUGUAGUUUGACUCAAUCUCAUUCUUUUCUAAAUCUAAAAUGUGUAAUAUAGUAACUGCUUUAUCUGAACAAAAUGCAAUAUGUGUGAUGUGGACGAUGUUGCUUUGAAUGACUGCAGACAGUAAGUGCCGAUCAUUCGAAGUCGUGAGAUGGCGAGGAAUAUAAUCGUUGCUUGCUAUUAGCAACGUGCCAAAUGAAAUGAAUUAAGCCUUAAGUGUUUUUUCAGACGCCUGUUCCUAUCCCAGCUCCUGUUUGACUUAAUUUUGUGAAGUUCAUCAGCUGUUGGAUAGGGAGGGAAUAUGCAGAGGAAGGUGACGUAUGGUAACUCCUGCUCUUAUUGCACCCAAAGUCUGUCAUCUUUUUGGCUAAGAUGAAAAUACUUGAUCGUAACGUCAGCCAUUACAAACACACACUUACCCCAUUAAUAUUUUUUAAUAAUGUCUGUCCCUGUUGUCAGUUGUGUUGAAUGUGUGUUUUAUAGCAAAAGACUGGAAGAAUUUACAGUUGGUAUGGGUCUGAUGCAGAAUGUCCUCGCCUCAUUUUGAGUGCCAUCAAGUUGAAUGAGAGCUGACAAAUGUGAGUUGCAUGUACCGAAUGACGCCAAGUGUCUAAUAUCCUCGUAACACCUUGACCUCCCACCUUAUCACAUUGACUUUGUAAAGAUUCACUUCACUGUAUGUUGCUUCUUUUCUUCUAUGUGCACAUCCCUUCAAAAACAGGCUGCAGCCUGCUGUAAGUAUGUACAGGUUUUGUGUAAAUUAUUAAUAGAUGGAGGAGACGACGACAUAACACAAAGACUGAAUCUGGUAUAUAUGUGAACUUCUCCCUCACAAACGACAAAUUAUUUGAAACGUACUCUCAUGCGUGGACAUUGGGAAGAGACAUGAAAAGCCUUGUAAACAUUUUUAUAGUAUGAAAGAACAGUGGGAACUGGCCACCUCCAGGAUGAGACGAAGCACACUCCGAGCACAAGGAGAAGACAGUUAAGCUCUGGUGACUGCUGAGAUGUCACAUCCUCCAGAGAUAUCUUUUGUUGUUAACAUAUGGAAAGAUACAUUUGUCUGAUAUAUGGUUAGUUGUCAUUAUUUUCAUAACAUGAUUUCUUAAUGAAUAAAAAAGUGCUUUUAACUUGAAAUGUUUGUCAUUACUGGCAGUUGUGCAUUCAGGUGUCCUGUGCAGUAAGAAUAUAUAAAGUAAAUGCUACUAUCUAAGGUCGCAGUGAACACAUUUCAGUUCAGUUCAGGCUUCAUGUAAAAAUCAUGCACACCCACACAGGCGUGUUCAAUAUCCUAGGUGACAAGCCCUUCCUUCAAGCUGAAAGUGGGCGGAGCUAAAUUGUAAUUGUAUGUCAGCGGGCUUCCUAAUAAAGAGCUGCAGUAAACAGGAAGAACUAAGAAAGUAAGAAACCCUCUCUCUUGAUACCACUUACAUUUGUAACUAUGCUAAUAGCUACAACUCCAGCUCUGGCUAUAGCUUUUAUAGCAACUGUUUGUUGUGCUGUUUGCUCUAUAUAUUUAGGUAAGAACUCUAAACACCUAAUAUCAGCAUUGGUGUUGUGGCACCCAGUAAUGUAAUAAUUUCCUGAAAAUGUAAUAACGCCUGAAAAUCUUAUAGAAUUUGCACUUAACCUGAUCAAAAAUGUAUAAAAAAAUCCAAUAACAUAAUACCUUGACCAGCAAUGUCCUUUUUUUGAUGAUAGGAUAUAUUCAAGACAUCUUAAAGGUAUGUAUUACUUGUUUUUAUUUUUAAUUAGGUUGCAAAUCAUGUAAUUCUUGAGAGAUUUAUGCAAUAUUAAGUACUGCAAACAGUAAAAGAUCAUAUUAAAUUUGGAGCCUAGACUGACAGAAAUGUUCAGUCAUAUAGCAUCUGUAAAAGUUGCUUUAGCAUUGCACCACAAGUCAUAAAAAUGUAUGACUUGUCUUGCAGAAAUGUGGCUUGCAACCCAAUAAAAAAAAAAGCAAAAGAUUAUAAUUUACAUUUUAGAUAUCUUGAAUGUAUCAUAUCAUUGAGAAAAGGGCAGAGGGAUAAUAAUUCAAAAAAACAUGUCUAUCCCUGGCCACAUUGUACUACAAGAACAUGAAACGGGAAAUGCUGUUUAGUACUUUAUUGAAUUUUAUUAUCAUCAUUUUUUUUCAAAUGUAAAAGGUAGAAAUCUGAACCAAAAUUAUGGUGGUAAAAUUCCUUGAAAUUCUGGAUAUUUGCAUUUUCAUAACAAAGUUGUGCAGUGAUGAUAUUGAGUUUAUUACAGUUAAGCAAAACUAGAUGGAAAAAAAAAAAAAUAACAUAAAUAAUAAUAUAAUAUUUUAGUUAAGCAAAACAAAAAUAAAAACUAGACUUAAAAAUUAAAACUGACACAAUAUAGUGAACUUACAAAAUUAACUAAAAUAAAAUAUCAUACAGUAAAUAUCUGUCAAUGUGGUACAUUUUUGUCAACACAACAAGCAUGAGGAGGCGUGGGUGUGCACUUUAACUGAGCCUUCACAAAGUUAUGUGUUUGCAUUGUAAUACCUAUUCUAGACUUCUUAGAAAAUAAAAAGCGACACUGAAACUAAUAAAAACAUAACUAAAACUAAACACUUUCCAGCAAAAACUGAACCGGAACAAGGAAACCAACUAUUAAAACUAACUAAAAAUAUUUGAAACUAAACUGAGCUGAAGUAAAAAAAUAAA